UCCCCAUUCAACUUCCCACUCCACUUUUCUCAUUUUCUGUCUUCCUUCCUUGUUAUCAACCAGUACACCCACUCCUUCUGCUUCGUCCGGUCUGUUUCCUUCCCUCCUGCAGCUGCUGCAGCCCAAUUGAACUCAAAAAAGUAACAAGGACAUCCAAAUAUACACAUUAUAUACCACUGACCAACACACAUGAGUUUCCUAGGCCUAUCGUCCGGCAAGACCAAGGUGCCAAAGAAAUCAGGCAAUGUCUCGUCUCUUCAGAAGCAAUACUUGCUAAAGGAAUACGCAGAGCAGACCCUCGGCUCCGGGAACUUGCGUCUGGCCGUUCAUCUGCCUGAAGGCGAAGACCUCAACGAAUGGCUCGCAGUCAACACGGUCGACUUUUUCAACCAGAUCAACAUGUUGUACGGGACCAUCACGGAAUUCUGCACGCCCCAGGAUUGCCCCGUAAUGAACGCAGGCCCUAAAUACGAAUACCAUUGGAAGGACGAUACGCAGUUCAAGAAACCAGCCCGUGUCAGUGCCCCCGUCUAUGUCGAUCAUCUCAUGUCCUGGGUUCAGUCCCAACUCGACAACGAGACCAUCUUUCCUAGCAAAAUUGGAGUGGACUUUCCUCCGGAUUUCAAGACGGUGAUCAACGACAUAUUUCGCCGACUGUUCCGUGUCUACGCCCAUAUCUACUCGAUCCAUUUCUCCGUGAUCGUCUCCUUGGGCGAAGAAGCCCAUCUGAACACGAGCUUCAAGCACUUUAUCCUCUUUGUCAAGGAAUUCAAUCUCAUCGACCCAAAGGAACUCGCUCCACUCUCGGAUCUCAUCGAGUCCCUCGUCGCACAGCUUAAGAACUAACCCCCGAGUCCGGGUCACUUUUUUUUUUUUUUUUUUGAUCCUUACAUUGAAUCGUGUACAUAUACAUACGAAAAAGCGUCCUUAUUCUUAUCCUUUCAAUACAUUUUC